AUGCGGCCUGCUGAAAUUCAGCCGGAUGUCAUGAGCUUCAACUUAUCUGUGCAUGCCAAUGUGAAUCGCUGGUACGGCGCCUUGCAGUUGCUCUCCAACGUGCUGUUUUUCAGGAUUCGGCCCAAUCUGCUCAGCUUCCACAGCGUUCUUGGCCCCGAGCUUGGAUGGCGGCGAAUGCUCGAUCUCCUCGGCUUGCUGCAACUACAGAACCUGCAGCCAACCACAGUGACUUUCAAUGCGGCGCUGGCCACCUGUGCCCAGGGGGGCGGGUGGUACUGUGCCCAACUUCUCUUCCAGCGAGUCCGAGGUGCGGGAGGAGUUCUGCCCGAUCCAAUCAGCUUCAACUCUGCGAUGAGGGCAUGCCAAUUGGACCGGUGGCGCUGGUCUUCAGAUCUUUUCUGGACCAUGCAGUUGGCCGGGAUUUUGCCGGAUUGCAUCAGCCUGACGGCAAGCAUCACGGCGAAAGGUCGAGGCAUGCAAUGGCUGCUAGCGGCAGAGUGCCUGGAUGCAAAGCGGGGCCCGUCCAUUUUGACGAACGUGAUCACGUACACUGCGGCGCUUGCUGCAUGUGACGCCGCGGGGGCAUGGCUGGCAGCUCUGGCCAUGGUGAGCACCAUGGCGCUGUCGAGAGUCGAGCGGGAUGCCAUGUCGCAGAACUGGGAGACGAGUACAUGUGCGAAAGCUAGCCAGUGGGCGAUGGCUCUGUCUCCGCGUGCCGCAAAGAGUCCGAACGACUUCGGCUCUCUGUCGCUCACCCUGUCCGAGCAUGGUCACCGCUGGGAGCUGGUGUUGGAAAUGCUGUCGGGCAGCAGGCAGCAGGCCUUGAAACACAGUGCUUUGGAAAUCAGCUCGACGAUGACGGCUGCCACCUCCUGUGCUCGGUGGCAGCACUCUCUGCAGCUUUUCGCCGCUUUCGGCCGAGGCGACAGAGAUCUGGCCAUUCACAAUGCUGCCGCGACGGCUCUGGAGAAGGGCAGCGGAUGGCGCGCCGCUCUCGCCGGGCUGGGGCCCCUCCGCGCAGAGCGCUGGGCUCCCGACGAGGUUACGUGCAGCGCCUUAAUCAGUGCCUGCGAGAAGGGCUUCGAGUGGAGGAGGGCCCUUGCGCUCUUCGAGCAGAUGCUGAACGCCUCACUCCAGGCCAGCGUCAUCGCCUGCGAUGCCGCCAUCUCUGCCUGUGAGAAAUGUGGCAAGUGGCAGCAAGCCCUCUCUCUUCUGAGCUGCAUGCCCGAAUUAGACCUGCAACCCAACGACAUCAGCUUCAAUGCAGCAAUUGGCGCCUGUGAGAAGGGCCAACUGCACGCAGAAGUCGCCUGA